GGCGGGGGUGGGCGCGGAGGCCGAGGCCGACAUCCUGGGCACCUGAAAGGCCGCGACAUCGGCUUGUGGUACGCGAAGAAGCAGGGGCAGAAGAACAAGGAAGCCGAGAGGCAGGAGCAAAUCUGUCUGUUCUGCCUUCUUAAUAUGUCCCAGGUCAAAUCACAACAGUUACCAUAGUCAAGCCCCUAUUUUAUUCUCUGUUCCUAGCCUCCUGGGUGAUUGUUUUUGUUUUAAAAGUGAAGAGAUUUGACAUUGUUCAUGUACUGAUGCUAUGAUGGGGGUCAGUGGAGAGGGAACGUAUAUCAGCGUGGGCCAAAUCAUGCCGUAGCAGUAAACCGCCCCCAGAUCAGCGGCUCAUAACAGCAGAGAGAGCCGUAGUGCAUAUGGAUGAACAUCGAGAAGAACAAAUUGUGCAGCUACUACAUUCUGUCCAAGCUAAGAGUGACAAAGAUUCAGAAGCACAGAUAUCCUGGUUUGCUCCUGAAGAUCAUGGGUAUGGUUCUAAAGCUCCUGCUGAGAACAAACCAAACUCAGAGAAGAAAUUGGAGGACCGGGAAAAAAAAUUGAUGAAUCAAGAAAAGAAGACAUUCAGAAUCAGGGACAAAUAUAUUGACCGAGAUUCUGAAUAUCUCUUGCAAGAAAAUGAACCAGACGUAAACUUAGACCAACAGUUAUUGGAAGAUUUACAAAAGAAAAAAACUGACCUUCGGUAUAUUGAAAUGCAGCAUUUCAGGGAAAAGCUGCCUUCAUUUGGAAUGCAAAAGGAAUUGGUAAAUAUGAUCGAUAAUCAUCAGGUGACGGUAAUAAGUGGUGAAACUGGUUGUGGAAAAACCACUCAAGUUACUCAGUUCAUUUUGGAUAAUUACAUCGAAAGAGGAAAAGGAUCUGCAUGCAGGAUAGUUUGUACCCAGCCAAGAAGAAUUAGUGCCAUUUCUGUUGCAGAGAGAGUGGCUGCAGAAAGGGCAGAAACUUGUGGCAAUGGUAAUAGUACUGGAUACCAAAUUCGUCUCCAGAGCCGGUUGCCAAGGAAACAGGGUUCUAUCUUAUACUGUACAACAGGAAUCAUCCUUCAGUGGCUUCAGUCAGACCCGCAUUUGUCCAGUGUUAGUCAUAUUGUGCUUGAUGAAAUCCAUGAGAGAAACCUGCAGUCAGAUGUUUUAAUGACUGUAAUUAAAGACCUUCUCAAUUAUCGACCUGACCUGAAAGUAAUAUUGAUGAGUGCAACAUUGAAUGCUGAGAAAUUCUCAGAAUAUUUUGGUAACUGUCCAAUGAUACACAUACCUGGUUUCACUUUUCCAGUUGUGGAGUAUCUUUUGGAAGAUAUAAUUGAAAAAAUAAGAUAUGUUCCAGAACAAAAAGAACACAGAUCCCAGUUUAAGAGGGGUUUCAUGCAAGGGCAUGUAAAUAGACAAGAGAAAGAAGAAAAAGAAGCAACCUAUAAAGAACGCUGGCCGGAUUAUGUAAGGGAACUGCGGAAAAGGUAUUCUGCAAGUACUGUAGAUGUUAUAGAAAUGAUGGAUGAUGAUAAAGUUGAUCUGAAUUUGAUUGCUGCCCUUAUUCGCUACAUUGUUUUGGAAGAAGAGGAUGGUGCAAUAUUGGUCUUUCUACCAGGCUGGGACAAUAUCAGCACUUUACAUGAUCUCUUGAUGUCACAAGUGAUGUUUAAAUCAGACAGGUUUCUUAUUAUACCUUUACAUUCACUGAUGCCUACAGUUAACCAGACACAGGUGUUUAAAAGAACCCCUCCUGGUGUUCGGAAAAUAGUAAUUGCUACCAACAUUGCAGAGACUAGCAUUACCAUAGAUGAUGUAGUUUAUGUGAUAGAUGGAGGAAAAAUAAAGGAAACACACUUUGACACACAGAACAACAUCAGUACUAUGUCUGCUGAGUGGGUUAGUAAAGCUAAUGCCAAGCAAAGGAAAGGUCGAGCUGGAAGAGUUCAGCCUGGUCAUUGCUAUCAUCUGUAUAAUAGUCUUAGAGCAAGCCUUCUAGAUGACUAUCAACUGCCAGAAAUCUUGAGAACUCCUUUGGAAGAACUUUGUUUACAAAUAAAGAUCUUAAGGCUAGGUGGAAUUGCUCAUUUUCUGAGUAGGUUAAUGGACCCACCGUCAAAUGAAGCAGUGUCACUCUCCAUAAAACACCUGAUGGAACUGAAUGCUUUGGAUAAACAAGAAGAAUUGACACCUCUUGGAGUCCACUUAGCACGAUUACCAGUUGAGCCACACAUUGGAAAAAUGAUUCUUUUCGGAGCUCUGUUCUGUUGCUUAGACCCAGUCCUCACCAUUGCUGCUAGUCUCAGCUUCAAGGAUCCCUUUGUCAUUCCAUUGGGGAAAGAAAAGGUCGCAGAUGCAAGAAGAAAGGAAUUGGCAAAGGAUUCUAAAAGUGACCACCUGACGGUUGUGAAUGCAUUUGAGGGCUGGGAAGAAGCUAGACGACGUGGUUUCAGAUAUGAAAAAGAUUAUUGCUGGGAAUAUUUUCUGUCUUCAAACACGCUGCAGAUGCUGCAUAACAUGAAAGGGCAGUUUGCUGAACAUCUUCUUGGAGCUGGAUUUGUAAGCAGUAGAAGUCCUAAAGAUCCAAAAUCCAAUAUAAAUUCAGGUAAAGCAGAAAACAGUGUAAAUAACUUGCUGCUAUUUUCCAUUGUAUCAGUAUUUUACACUUUUUUUUCUACCUUCCCACCCCUAAUAGAUAAUGAGAAGAUAAUUAAAGCGGUCAUCUGUGCUGGCCUCUAUCCCAAAGUUGCUAAAAUCCGAUUAAAUUUGGGUAAAAAAAGAAAAAUGGUGAAAGUUUACACAAAAACUGAUGGACUAGUUUCUAUUCAUCCUAAAUCCGUUAAUGUGGAGCAAACAGAGUUUCAUUACAAUUGGCUUAUCUAUCACCUGAAGAUGAGAACCAGUAGUAUAUACUUGUAUGACUGCACAGAAGUUUCCCCAUACUGUCUCCUGUUCUUUGGAGGUGAUAUUUCCAUCCAGAAAGAUAAUGAUCAGGAAACUAUUGCUGUAGAUGAAUGGAUUGUCUUUCAGUCUCCAGCAAGGAUUGCCCAUUUGGUUAAGGAAUUAAGAAAGGAACUAGAUACCCUUCUGCAAGAGAAGAUCGAAAGCCCCCAUCCUGUCGAUUGGAAGGACACUAAAUCUAGAGACUGUGCAGUGCUCUCAGCCAUUACAGACUUGAUCAAAACACAGGAAAAAGCAAUUCCCAGGAACUUGCCACCACGACUCCAGGAUGGAGGUUGCAGCUGACACCUUUUCUGUGUGGUCGGAAAAGCCAAUUUGAUAGCCAUCUUCCAUCAUAGUUUAAUGUUUGGCUAAAUGCCAAACCCUGGGACAUGGAUAAUUUUCAUGUGUCAGGUAGAACCUUCAGUAGAUAGUAAAGACUUACUGUGCAUGAGUUCGCAAUGUUGUCUGUAGAUAUUAUAAAUAUACCAUAAAAACAAUGUGUUCUCUGAUCAUAUACUCUGUGUGGUCAUACACUUUGGGAUUAUUCCUCUUAUAAAUAGUGUUGUACCACUUGAGAAAGUCCUUUGUUCUGUUAUGAAAAAAAUAAUUUUUCUGCCCAUAAUGACUGAGUAUAGAACUGGUAAAAAUAGAAUGCUUACCCAAAAGGCAGUGUCAAGUAGGAAUUUGAACACAGCCACAUUUUUUAAAUGAAACUUCUAUCAGAAGUUCAUUUGUUCUAAUAAAACCCAGUAUUUAAUAAAAUGUACAAUGUGUAAAUGUCUGCUACCCUUUUGGCUUGGUUUCUACCUCUCCACCUCUCCCUUGGUUAAUUUGAUUUUUUAAAAAUGGUUUUAGAAUAUAUUCAUUCCUCUUUUACAUUACCUUGUGCAGCAUAAGGUAGCAAUUGAGAGCAUGGGUCUGGAGUCUAACUCCUAAGUUAAAAUUUCAGCUGUCACUUCACUUCUGUUUCCUUGUCUGUAAAAUACAGGUAGCGGUGUGAGGUUUGAAUAUGUUAAUGCACAUAAAGUACAUAGACUAGUGUCUGGCAUGUAGAGUAUGCUCACUAAAUCUUAGGUAUUAUUUGUCCCUGAAAUAUAUUUUUAUCAUAGUCCAUUAUAUUAUACUUUUUUUCAUACUCUGAGUACUAGUUUACCCUCUCAGCCAGUGGACGUUAGUGUGCCAUGUACUGUGUGUUUUUAGCCCUAUCCAGUUGUGAGAAAUACUGGUUAUUACCCAACAGCCAUCCUGUCCCUCCCUCUUACUUGCUUGUUCAAGCAUUCCCCCUCUGUGCAGCCUUGUGCCCGAGGAUGUUGGACCCUUCAUGGUCUUAUUUCCCUUUUAAGUAACUGAUAAGGCAUGACUACGUGAACCUGCCCUGGGGCGUGGGAGAAAGAUUUCCCCCACUAACAGACUUGGCACAGGAAGUUCUGCUCUCCUCCUCGUCUGGAUGAGAACGGCUACAGUCAUUUUAUGGUCACAAGGUUGUUUCCCUGGGACAGUAGUGAAAAUCAUCAGUCCUUGAUAACGCUAGGGAGCCGCUGAAUUAUCCAAACCCCUACUCACAGAUGCAAAAAAUCUGUCAUUGAAACACAAACUAUUCAUCACCAAGCAUUGUUAGCUGAGCGUUGUUUUUACCAUUUAUUUUGUGAUCUAAUAGUUUGACGCAUAUGUCUGAUAAAAGGGUAUGUAAGUGGUGGUACUGGACAUACUGCAGAAGAAACAUCAAGAACCUCCUGCUGUACUCUAAAAGCCACAAAUCUUACUGUGCCUUCCAGUAAAUACAAAGAACACAAAGGAAGAGUAUCCUACAAUGCCUGGGAUUUCCUGAUAAUGCCAUGAUGAUCUGUAAACAGCAUUGGUUCAGGUACUGCUCCAUUUCUGGGAAUGGGUAUCCACCUACCAUUGCCUUCUAAGGUGUGGAAUGUCCUGUGUGUCCUAAGUCCAUUCCCUUGGCUAGUCUCCCAAAAGUGACCUGUCUCUCACUGUUCUUGUAUUGAGUCAUGUCACAAUAUUGUAGCACCUUAGUUUUGCCCCUAAACUCAAGUUGACCAUUAGGUUCUGUUCUAAAGAAUGACUUUUUGCUCUUACUAUACACAGUUGGCCACAAUGGUCUUGACAGAAAGCAUUUUUUUAAAUCUGUAAAACAAGAUUACUAGUUAGUUGGUUUCCAUGUUUGCGAACCAAUAUUUGGUCUCCAUAUAAAUUGAAAAAAAUGUUCCUGAAGAAUUGUUUUAAUAGAUGAGCUACUCGAAGAAAUUAAGCAGUUACCACCCCCAAUUUAUGUCUUCUCUACAGCUGGUCAGGAUGGAAAUUUUAAUUGAAGGUGCUAUUUUUGCUCUCUUUCUUUUGUUUACAAAGUAGUGUGUUACUGAAUUGAAAAUGUAUUCCAGGUCUGGGAACUAUUUACUUGGUAGUUUUAAAGAAUAAGACAUUAAAUUAAGACGAAAAUGUAUUUGCCUCACUGUUCUGAGUGAUACUGAGGAUAACUCUUGAACAAAUAACCCGGAAACAGAAACUUACAAAAAAUCAAAGUGUAAACGAAUCACUGAAUAAUCAUUAAAAAUGUCUUUUAAAAGUUGGGUCCAUGUGACACCUUCCUAAUUCAUUAACUAGAACAAAAGCUCUAGAUACCAGCGGUUUUCAACCAUCUCAUGGCACACAUAAACUAAUUAUUAAAAUUAUGCGGCACACCGGAAAGUAUAUUUUUUUGCCGAUCCGACAAAAAAAAGGGCAUGAUUUUGAUUUUUUCACACCAGACAGCUAUUGUUGUGUUGGCUGUUGUCAUUUUGACAGUCUUAAGGGAAAAGAAGUCAGUGCCCCUAACUAAAUCAUCAGGUAAUGCAUGCUUUUAAAAUUCUUGCUGCAUACUGGUUGAUAAUUGCUGAUUUAUACCGAUAAUUACAAAUAAUUUUAACUGCAUUUUUAAAACAAAGUCCACCCUAAUUUACAAAUGCCUUUAGAAGGAAUUUAAUACCCUCUCACCCAAAGUAAAUGGCAAUUUUCCUUCCACUUUUUAGCUCUGAGUUUGUGUAUAUUUAUUUUUAAGUAAUUGUGAUUAUGUAGUAGAAUCAUAUUUUAUAAUUGUUUUUAAAUGGCAUUUUUAUUCUGAUUUUAAAACAAUAUAUAUCAUUGUAGACUUUAGAAAUUUAACAAGGAUUUUACCCAUUUUGAUAUAUUUACAUCUUUUUUAAGCUUUAAGGUAUUAUUUUAUAUAUAAUAAAAUUAGCCAAUUUAAGUGUAUAAAUCUGUGGAUUUUGUCAAAUGUAUGAAGUCAUGUAUUUGCUACCACCAGAAGCUUGAUAUAAAACAUUCCCAUCACCUAAAAAUUUCCUUUGUUGCCCUGUCUGGGUGGCUCAGCUGGUAGCAUCAUCCCAUACACCGAAGAUGGCAGGUUCCAUUCCCGGUAAGGGUGCAUGCAGGAGACAGCAGAUUGAUGUUUCUCUCUUACAUUGAUGUUUCUCUCUUCCUCCCUCUCUCUAUCCAAGAUCAAUUUUAAAAAACAUAUCCUUGGGUGAGGAUUUUUUUAAAAAUAUUUCCCUUAUUUUCCUUUAUCAAUCUCCUGACCCCCACUUUCCAUAGGCAACCAUUGAUCUGCUUUGGUCACUAAUGUUUUACCUUUUCUAGAAUUUCAAAUGGAAUUAUAUGUAGUCUUUUGUGUCUGGCUUCUUUCCCUAAACAAUGGUUUAGAGAUAUUUAUGUUGCAUGUAUCAGUAGUUAGCUUAUUUUUUUAUUGUUUAAUAGUUUGCAUUGUAUGGUUAUACCAGUUUGUUUAUAAACUCACUUGUUGAUGGACCUUUGAGUUUUUUGUUUUUUGCUGUUAUAAAUAAAGCUGCUAUGAAUAUGUGUA